GGUUGCUUUGCGGGGGUCCAGGGCAAAUAUCAACCCGGCUGAAGUGGCUUGCGACUUGUUGCCCAAGAAAUGUUCCGCGUUGGGAAAAAAAAAGGCGGUAAGGAACAGGUCCUCCUGGCCUCGUUCAGCAAAAGCUGCCCACCCACGUCUUCUCUCUGCAUCCUCCAUUUCCCAAGGAAAAGGCCGUUGAUCAGCAACUGCCUGGGCACGGGAACGCAAUGGGCGCCUCCAAGGUUAAGAAGUUUGUCAAAGAAGGUGAUGGCAGGAAAGAGAGGAGUCAGAAUUGUCAACAAAAAUGUUAAAUAAAGUGAGCCCGGCGCCUCUGAAACUGCAGAGGUCCAGUAUUGCUGAUGUCAUAGCAGUCUAUGGUCGUUUACAAGGAGAAGAUUCAUCUGCCUUUGAGUUUCACGAUGAAGACUCUCUGCCUGAUUGGAAGGUAUCUGAGAAAAAGAGGAAAAACUGUGGUUGUCCUCCAAAAGGCAUUUUAGCCAGUACAGUCACAAACGUGACAGCAGCAGCACUGACCUGGGCUGUGGUCUGGUCUAUUGCACAACAUGAGACUCUUCCCGGUGAGAAUCUCUUUGGACUUUUGGUCCUUUUCUUUUCUGCUGUACUUGGUGGUAAAAUCGUUGGGCAGAUUAAAUUACCCGGCAUGCCUCCAUUCCCACGUCUUUUUGGAAUGCUUUUUGCUGGGUUUCUCAUCAGAAACAUCCCAUACACCAGUGACUUAGUCAGGAUCAAUGUAAAAUGGUCAGCAAAUCUGAGGAAUAUGGCUCUCUCCAUUAUCUUGGCCCUUGCUGGGCUUGGCCUUGAACCAGAGGCUCUGAAUAAGUUAAAAUUUGUCUGUUUCCGGCUAACCUUUGGGCCCUGUUUAACUGAAGCAUGUGCGGCAGCUAUCGCAUCCCAUUUUAUCAUGCGCUUGCCAUGGGCAUGGGGAUUUAUGUUAGGAUUUGUUCUAGGUGCUGUUUCUCCUGCCGUUGUUGUCCUGUCGAUGCUGAUGUUGCAAGCACAAGGAUACGGGGUUGAAAAGGGCAUCCCCACCUUACUAAUAGCAGCUGGCAGUUUGGAUGAUAUUGUGGCCAUCACAGGCUUUAAUAUCUUCUUGGGCAUGGCCUUCUCCAAAGGCUCCACCUUUUUCAGUCUACUCUACGGUGUGCUACAGGUUGUGAUUGGUGCCACGGCUGGGGGCGUUCUGGGACUUUUCAUUUGUUAUUUUCCAAGUCAAGAUCAGGCAUUUCUUGCUUGGAAGAGAGCAUACUUUGUGAUGGGCCUAGCUGUGUUUUCUGUUUUGGUCAGCAAAUAUUUGGGCUUUCCUGGAUCUGGAGGGCUCUGUACGAUUGUCUUAUCAAUUCUGGGUGGUUUGGCAUGGUCAGAGGAGAAGAAAGAGGUGCAAGAAAUUAUUGCAGCUGCCUGGGAGCUUUUCCAGCCUUUUCUUUUUUCCUUAAUUGGAGCUGAAAUAUCUAUUGUUUCUAUUAGCGCUAAAACCUUUGGGCUUUGCUUGGCCACAAUGAGUGCUGCGUUACUAGCCCGGAUGAUUGCUGCUUUCUUGGUUGUGUCUUGUGCUGGUUUUAAUUGCAAGGAGAAGCUGUUUAUUGCGUUGGCGUGGAUCCCCAAAGCAACUGUCCAGGCUGCAAUUGGCUCUGUUGCCUUAGACGCGGUACGAGGUGGUCCUGAUCUACAGCUAGAGGAAUAUGGCCUGAAUAUCCUGACAAUAGCCUUCUUGGCAAUCCUGAUCACAGCUCCAACUGGAGCUAUACUGAUUGGCCUGUUGGGCCCCAGACUUCUCCAGAAGACCAGUCUAGACCAUGGAGAUGAUUACAGACCCAAAAAAGAAAGACCUGUGGAAACCUCUAGUCCAACAUAGGGACUCAUUCAUGAAUGGUGUAAAGAUCACUCAGUUGUUUUUCCAGGCUAAGGAAUCAUAGUGGCCUGCAGAAGCCUAAAUUCCUAAUUGAUGUAUUGCAGCAGCUACAAGAAUAGAAACCCAAAUGCACGAAGAAAAAUCUGAUUACAUUGUACCAGUAUCUAGGCUUUUCUUAAUCCUCGGCACUAGAGGUUUGGAAGGAAACUGGUCACAAGCAAAAUGUAUACAAUGGCCAGGAUUCUGAUUGCUGAAGUACAUCAGUGGCCCGAGUUAGAAUCAUCAGUACAAGUAGGAGAAAAGGGAGCAGUCAAGAUGGCUCUUAAAGAGGUAAAUGGAGAUGAAUAAGAAGGUCUUGGUUCAGGACAAAGCCCAAGACUGGUAAUGGGUGAGUGAGAUCAGCAGAUAAAAGCCCCACUUGGUUAAAUUAGUUUCAUCAGGCAAAGGUGGUAUGUGUUGUUUAGGGAUGUAAAGAAUCUUUAGAACAAUCCUGCACCCAGGAGACUGGCAUUUCCCUCCCUCCCCUCGCUUCUUUCAAACAGAGCAGACAUCGAGCUUCUCCCUGUAAGAAAGAAUUAUAAUGGUGAAACAAUCAGAUAUGGAUCUUACAUGUGGCACGGAAAAGUUUCUCAUACCGUCUGUGCUGGUUCUGUAUAUCUUACUGUUCUCACAUUACCAAAAUUCAUAUAAGCAGACAUAUACCUCCUGUUUCCCUACACGUUACCAAACACGAUCAGGGGAAAGUAGCAUCAGAGGUCUGGCCCCAUUUCUCAGCCAUUAAUCCAUCAUAUGGGGGGAGAGGGUUGCUGCAGUACAUUCAAAUCUCAUGUUGAUCUGUCUGUCUUAAUUUUAAGAGAGUGGUUCUGUGCUGUCAAAUAACACUUUCACCAGUACUCCAAGGAUGUGUGCUGCAGUAAUACCAGCUCUGUGAAAAGCACAAGAUCUUAAUGGAUAUGAUCCAUAAAGAGUUGAAUAAUCCCAUGUUUUCAUUUCCUGAACCAAAAGGAUGAGCAAAUAUUACAGCUGAGUGAUUCUGAAACUAUCCUUUAAAGGGACACACAAGAGCACACCACAUUGCUAACCAAUGAUUUUAAGGAGAAUAUUUUAAACUACAGGAAUGAGAAAGUCUUUUUUUAUCUAACUUUUACAUUUGCCCACAACACCAAUAUCUACUAUGAUUGUUGCCUUAGAAUAUAUCUAUUUGGAGGUGCUAGAAGUUGGGAAAGGAGCACAGUUGGUGCUAAAAAAACAACUCUUUGCGUUUCUUUUCUGAAAUAUUUCACCAGAGGGAGCAAAAAGCUCAGAUAUGGAUUAUUUUACUCAGUUUUGGUUGUAACAGUUUAAUUUCCCCUGAACAUUAAAAUGUGAUUUAUUUUAGUAGAUUUUUUUUUUAAAAAAAUGGAACCAAUUUUCAAUCAGGGGCAAAAGUCUAUGACUCUUGCGACUCCAGUCCUUGUACAACAGAGUCAUGUUUUCACACCAUACAGAGGGUGAACUCUGAGCCACACAGAAAACACCACAUCAUUCUAGCUCAAUAGAUUUAUUCAGAAUCGUUUCCUGAUAGUUAAAAUUGCACUCCUUUGCUCUAUUUACCAUUUUCAAAUUAUUAUUAUUUUUAAAUACCAACUAUUUUCCCAGGUACCAAUUGCAUUUUUCCCUUUUAUUUUUACUAUUUGAUGUUGAAACUAUAAAAAGAAAGAUACAUAGAUCUGUUUUUAUAAAACUCUCAAGGUAGUAUAUUGUGAGUAUCCAAACUACACCAAAGAUGACAUCCUGGUUCCAAAGCACUUUUUUUCUCUCUUGAGCCAAAAUUGCUUCCUCACUGCAUAAGUUGGUACAAGGAGAGGACUGUACGUAUAUGUGUAAUACAUGCAUAUAUGCUUACAUAGUGUCAAUCCCCAGAUCUGUAGACUAAUAACAGACUCUGGAUAUCAAAAUCGGAAGCCUUUAUUGACAGACAUAGACUUGUGCAGUUGCAAAAAAAAAAAAAGGCCUAGUGUGGUGUCUAUACUAUUUAUAGCAUUGCCUGGCAUGCAACUAAGGAGCCAGGCAGGAGGACUGGACAAAGUUUAUCUACAGUGCUUCCUAAAUUCUGUAUAAAUGUGUAUACCUUGUAUUUGGUGGUGAUUUUUAUGUGAUAAGAAGUGCCUAAGACAGUUCCCUUAUCUGGACCAACUUUUAUUGAGAAUGAAAGAGGAAAGUGUCCAAGUCAUGCAUUUCUUCAGGUUGGAUAUUCCAGAAGAUGAAAAGAUGGUGUGGUUCAGGUACUGGCCUAUAUCCAGUUAUGCAUUCUUUCCAUUCCCAAGAUGGCAAGAAUGAAUUGGAGUCAAGCCUUAAUUGGUUCCAAAGGCCUCCCAAGAAUAAAUAAAAAAAUGUAGCUAACAAGCAAAAAAUCUGGAAUAAUCUUCUGGCUGACAGGCACCAUGGCAGAAAGGAGAGGACUGUGCAUAUAUGUGUACAGUCCUUGACCAAUUUGGUAAGUGCUGGAUAAUUCCUGUGGAUGCUGUUGUGCAAAGCAAAACCCAAAAAAACCCUCCUGUGUAACAUCACAGCUGAGAGGGGGGCGUUCAUAUUUAAGUGUUCUGAAGAUCUGAAAUACUUGGGUUUCUAGGCAGAGCUGUGCAACAUUGGGUUGAACUGACACUUGGAAGAUGUCAAACGUGCAUAUGUUGCUCAUUGUUUUGACAAUUGGCUCGAUAAAACUCACAUACUGUU